CGGUGGGGUGCUGCUCCAGCUGUGACCGCGUGCACUUGGGUGUUCGUGUGUGUGUGUUUGGGGGGAGCAGCAAGAAGAGUGUUGUUUUUUUACUACACACACUGCCAGUGUGAGAGAAGUGAAGAAGAAGCAGCCCAAGAGUUACGCAGCGUGUGGUAGAGAUCGACGAAAGUUGUGCAACGAAAAUUUGUUUUGUGUUUAAAAUGAAGUGGAAGAGAUAAAGUGCAGAAAAAGUAAAUAAUUCAACAAGUCUUCAUGAAUUGUUAAUGUGACAGGAAGCAAAGAUAAAGAAGAAUAAAAGGUUAAAGGUUAUAAACCAAUCUUCGUAAAAGUGCAUCUUCUGAAAAGAAGAAAAUUAAUGUGAUUGUUGAUCAAACCAAUAAGAAGAAACCCACUAUUGGAUACCACCCCCUAGCAGCAGUUGCAGUUUUGAUUUUUUUUUUUUUGCGAGUUCAAGUUUCAUCUUUCGUCACCAAAUCAAACUGGUCUCCUGAUGCACUAUUCCCGCGACAACGCCAGCGUUGCCACUGUCCCCGGCGUCAUCGCCACUUGAAGAUGCCGCUGCUGCCGGCAGCGUUAUUGUUUGGCCACGAAUCGUGCCAAUCGUGCCAACAGGCGGCCUCCACUCCCAGGGCCUCUCGUGUGAGGGAGGAUGCUCAAGUCAGCAAAAUUUGCCGUGAUUUUCAGUGAAAAGGACGCAAUAGUUGGUGUGUGUGUGUGUUUUGUCCCCGCCAGAAAUUGUGAUCUAGGUUAAGGUUUUUUUUGCGAGUGAUUGAUUGUGCCGUUUAUUCUUUGUGAGAUUUUUUCCUUCUGUUUUGAUUGUGAAAAGAAAAGGUCGCAAACAUGGGCGACAGCACGAUGGGAUCGGUCAGCUUUCUCCACCUGGGGGACAUUGUGUCCCUCUACUCGGAGGGAAGCAUUUCCGGAUUCCUGAGCACUCUGGGCCUCGUCGAUGACCGCGUCGUCGUGUGUCCGGGCGCGGGUGAUCUGAACGACCCGCCGGAAAAGUUCCGCGACUGCCUGAUCAAGAUCUGCCCGAUGAACCGGUACUCGGCCCAGAAGCAGUUCUGGAAGGCGGCCAAACAGAGUACGACCACCAAUACGGACACUAGCUUGCUGAAGCGAUUGCACCACGCUGCCGAAAUUGAGAAGAAGCAGAACGAGUCUGAGAAUAAGAAGCUGCUGGGGACGGUGGUCCAGUAUGGGAGUGUGGUUCAGCUGUUGCACUUGAAGUCGAACAAGUAUGUUACGGUCAAUAUCCGGUUGCCGGCGUUGCUGGAGAAGAAUGCGAUGCGGGUGUAUUUGGACGCGAAUGGAAAUGAGGGGUCGUGGUUCUACAUUAUGCCGUUUUACAAGCUGCGUUCUGCUGGGGAUAACGUGGUGGUCAAUGAUAAGGUCAUCAUGAAGCCGGUGAAUGCCAACAGGCAGAAUCUGCACGUGGCGGCGAAUUAUGAGCUGCCGGAUAAUCCGGGAAGUAAGGAGGUCAAUGUACUGAACUCGUCAUCGUCGUGGAAGAUCACGCUGUUUAUGGAGCAUCGUGAGAACCAGGAGGACGUGUUGAAGGGUGGGGAUGUGGUUCGGUUGUUCCACGCCGAGCAGGAGAAGUUCUUGACGAUGGACGAGUACAAGAAGCAGCAGCACGUGUUUUUGAGGACGACUGGGAGAACCAGUGCAACGGCUGCGACUAGCAGUAAAGCGCUGUGGGAGAUUGAGGUCGUGCAGCAUGAUUCGUGCCGGGGUGGGGCCGGCCACUGGAACUCGCUGUUCCGGUUCAAGCACCUUGCCACGGGGUACUAUCUGGCUGCGGAGAUUGACGAUGAUAUCUCGCGUACGGAAAAGUCCAGCAAUUCUAGUCAUCCGCAGAGCGGUGAUUCCUUCCGGUUGGUCUCGGUACCGCACUCGACGGAUAUUGCGUCGGUUUUCGAGCUGGAUUCCACGACUAUUACGAGGCCUGAAGGUCUGGUUCCGCAGAACAGCUAUGUGCGGAUGCGGCAUUUAUGUUCUAAUACGUGGGUUCACGCCACAUCUGCCCCGAUCGAUAUUGACGAAGACAAACCGGUCAUGUCCAAGGUCGGAUGUUCCGCCGUCAAAGAGGACAAGGAGGCGUUUCAGUUGAUCCCGGUUUCUCCGGUGGAGGUCCGCGAUCUGGACUUUGCCAACGACGCGUGUAAGCUACUUCAAGCCAUGAGUACCAAGCUGGAGAAUGGAUCCAUUUCUCCGAACGAGCGACGCUCGUUGAUCGCUCUCCUGCAGGACAUUGUCUUCUUCAUCGCUGGGCAGGAGAACGAGCAGAACAAGGGUGACGCGCUGGAUCUAACGAUUAAUAACCCGAACCGUGACCGUCAGAAGCUGCUCCGCGAGCAGUAUAUCCUGAAGCAGUUGUUCAAGAUCCUGCAAGGUCCGUUCCAGGAAACAAAGAACAGCGACGGCCCGUUCCUCAAGAUUGACGAACUCGGCGAUCCGAAAAACACUCCGUACAAAAACAUCUUCCGCCUAUGCUACCGUAUCUUGAAGCUCAGCCAGCAAGACUACCGCAAAAACCAGGAGUACAUCGCGAAGCACUUUGGCCUGAUGCAGAAACAGAUCGGGUACGACAUCCUGGCGGAAGAUACCAUCACGGCGCUGCUCCACAACAACCGGAAGCUGCUGGAGAAGCACAUUACGGCCGCGGAAAUCGAGACCUUCGUCGGACUUGUGCGCAAAAACAUGAACAACUGGCAGAGCCGCUUCCUGGACUACCUUUCCGAUCUUUGCGUGUCCAACAAGAAGGCGAUCGCCGUAACGCAAGAGCUGAUCUGCAAGAGUGUCCUAAGUGCGAAGAAUGCGGACAUCCUGAUUGAAACUUUUCUGCGAGAAGUGGACGACGAGCGGUUGGCACAUCUUCAUGCGAUAGAGCGGGGAAACAAUCAGUUCACGGAGAUCCUUGAGGUGGACGAGAAUAGGGAAGAGGAUGAGUCGAAACCGGGGACACCCCGGAAGCAGGAGGAGAAAAAGAAGCACUACGAGGUGGUGCUGAUGUGGGAGAACCGAACGCAAUCCAAGUCCAUGAGCCGGCUCGCGCAGGGCCUGAAGGUUGGCCGCACCCAUGACAUGACCAUCCUGGACUACUACCGCCACCAGUUGAACCUGUUCUCGAACAUGUGCCUCAACCGGCAGUACCUGGCGCUGAACAACCUGUCGCCGCAUCUGGAUAUCGAUCUGAUUUUGCGCUGCAUGUCGGACAAGACGGUACCGUACGACCUGCGGGCGUCGUUUUGCCGGUUGAUGCUGCACCUGCACGUGGACCGCGACCCGCAGGAACCGGUUACGCCCGUCAAGUACGCUCGGCUGUGGUCGGAAAUUCCACCGGUGAUGUCGAUUAAUGAUUACGACAUCGAGAAGCAACCCGACAGCAACAAGGAAGCGGUCCGGGCCCGGUUCAACAAGACGAUCGCCUUCGUCGAGGACUACCUGUGCAACCACGUGGUGUCCAAGAUGUGGUUCGCCGACCAGGACCAGAACAAGCUGACCUUCGAGGUGGUGAAGCUGGCCCGCGAUUUGAUCUACUUUGGCUUCUACAGCUUCAGCGACCUGCUCCGGCUCACGAAAACCCUGCUCAACAUCCUGGACUGCGUGGGCGAAGGCGACGGCAGUGGCCUCCCGACAGGACACAUUGACUCAGCUUCUGGAGAGGACGGUGAGCCAUCAGAGGGUGCCACCAGGGAAGGCUCGGAUGAAGGAGGCGGAGGAGGAGGCCGUCGCGGGUCACGGCGGAUUAGUGCGGGUGAUCCGCCGAUCGCCCGGAAGUUUGCCCGUUCCGCGUCGACGGUGGCCGUGCUGGCCGCCGUUGAGGCCAGCAAGGCCAAAGACCGUUCCGACAGCCUGUCGGAGGCGGCCAACGAAAGCCGCCGAAUGAUUCUCCACACUUUGAUGCAAAAGUAUCACACUCCCGCCGCGCCCGAAGCUGAAGGUGGAGUCCUGCGACGAAUCGGAGACAUGGGCGCGGUCAUGACCUCCCUAACCUUGGGACCGAUCUCAACGGCCAUCGUGUCCCCAACCAUCCAGCAGCGCAAGUCCGUGUCGGCGUACAUGAAGGAGUACCCGCUGGUCAUGGACACCAAGCUGAAGAUCAUCGAAAUCCUGCAGUUCAUCCUGGACGUCCGUCUGGACUACCGGAUCAGUUGUCUGCUGUCGAUCUUCAAGCGAGAGUUUGACGAAAAUGCCGAUGCCCAUCAACAGCAGCAACAGGUCGUCCCAGCACCAGCUCCGGUUGUUCCGACGGAGAACUCCACCACCCCGGAAGCUACUCCGGACACCAUCUCCCUAGCGUCCACUUCAACCGCGGAAACCAUCCCAGCAACCACCACCGACGAAACGCAACCACUUCUGCCACCCAAAACCCAGAGUCAACCCCCGACUCCAGAAGCCGCCAAACCAGACCCCAAACUAGGCCCAUCCACCCCCGAGAACAUCAACCUGCGCCAGAAGAACAUCGACCUAGAAUCCAUCGGCAUCCAGGCCGAAGGAAUCUUCGGCUGCAACGAAGACACCUACAACCCGCUCGACCUGGACGGCCAAGGAGGCCGCACCUUCCUGCGGGUCCUACUUCACCUCAUCAUGCACGAGUACCCGGCGCUCGUCUCCGGUGCCCUGCACCUCCUCUUCCGCCACUUUAGCCAACGCCAGGAAGUCCUGCACGCCUUCCGCCAAGUCCAGCUGCUCGUGUCCGACAGCGACGUCGAGUCGUACAAGCAGAUCAAGUCCGACCUGGACGUGCUGCGGCAGAGCGUGGAAAAGUCCGAACUGUGGGUGUACAAGUCCAAGCAGUCGGACGAACCGGCGGAAGGUGGGGGUGAAGGGGGAGGUGGUGGCGAUGGGAACUCCAAGCCGGAUAAGGGUGACGGCAGUGGGGCUGGUGGGAGUGGGAAGGAUCACGUGAAGCCGGAGCUGGUCAAGCAGGAGUCGCAGCUCAACUUUGACCAGGGGCCGGAGCUGAAUCCGGAGCAGGCGCAGGAGUACAAGAAGAUUCAGCAGAUUCUGAUCCGGAUGAACAAGCUGUGCAUUACGGCGGGUCCCGGCGACGUGAUGAAGCCGCGCAAGCACGAGCAGCGCCUGCUGCGCAACGUGGGCGUCCACACGGUGGUGCUCGACCUGCUGCAGAUUCCGUACGACGAAAAGGACGACUACCGGAUGAACGAGCUGAUGCGGCUCGCCCACGAGUUCCUGCAGAACUUUUGCCUCGGGAACCAACAGAACCAGAUCCUGCUGCACAAGCAGCUCGAUCUGUUCCUGAACCCGGGGAUCCUGGAGGCGGAAACGGUGUGCGCCAUCUUCAAGGACAACCUGAACCUGUGCAACGAGGUCAGCGAUAAGGUCGUGCAGCACUUUGUCCACUGCAUCGAGAUCCACGGGCGGCACGUGGAGUACCUAAAGUUUCUGCAGACGAUCAUCAAGGCGGAGAAUCAGUUCAUUCGCAAGUGCCAGGACAUGGUGAUGCAGGAGUUGGUCAAUGCGGGGGAGGACGUGCUGGUGUUUUACAACGACAAAUCAUCUUUUAAUUACUUUGUGGAGUUGAUGAGGACGUACAGUAAUGGGGAGUUGGGCGAUUCUAGCCCGUUGAUGUACCACAUUGAGUUGGUUAAGCUGUUGGCGUGUUGUACGAUGGGGAAGAACGUCUACACGGAGAUCAAGUGCAACAGUUUGCUUGCGCUGGACGACAUCGUGGCCAUGAUCUCGCAUCCGGAUUGCAUUCCGGAGGUGAAGGUCGCGUAUGUUGAUUUUCUCUGUCAUUGCUACAUCGACACCGAGGUGGAGGUGAAGGAGAUUUACUCGUCGAACCACAUGUGGUGCCUCUUUGAGAAGUCGUUCCUCAUCGACAUCAACAACGUGGUCAAGGGGGGAACGUUCACGAACCGCCAGCUGGAGAAUUACGUGUGCAACGAGAUCAUGAACAUCCUGACGACCUUCUUCAACAGUCAGUUCUCGGACCAGAGUACGGCGUUGCAGAAACGCCAACUGAUCUUCGUCAAGAUCCUCCAGUCGUCCUUCAAGCUGACCCAGUGCAAGUGGCUGUCGCCGUCGCAGCGCUUCAACGUGGAAAACUGCAUCCGCACGCUCUCGGAGAAGGCCAAACCGCGCGGGAUCGCCAUCCCGAUCGACCUGGAGAACCAGGUCGUGAAGAUGUUCAACAAGACGGCGCUGCUUUCGCGCCAAACCAGCAAGUGGCUGCUGGUGACGAAGCAGACCAAGAUGGAGCGAUCGCAGUCGCAGAUCAUGCGCAUGGAUCGGAGCAUCAUCGAGGGACUGCAGGACAUUGUGUCGCUGCUGGAGGACAAGUUGAAGCCGUUGGUGGAGGCGGAGCAGUCGCUGCUGGUGGACAUUCUGUACCGGUCGGAGUUGUUGUUCCCGUUGAACACGGAGUCGCGGAAGAAGUGCGAGACUGGGGACUUUAUACGGCACUUGAUCAAGCACACGGAGAAGUUGCUGGAGGAGAAGGAGGAAAAGCUGUGCGUGAAGAUCUUGAAGACGCUGAAGGAGAUGAUGACGAUCGAUUGCGAUUACGGCGACAAGGGCGAUCAUUUGAGGGUGAUCUUGUUGAAGCGGUACUUUGGGCACGAGUUUGUGCAGCCAGCGCUGCCGGCGUCGCUUUUGGGAGGAGAUUUGCAGAAGGGAGUGUCGCUGCACGCGGUUAGUCCUGCGGCGGCGGCGGUGAGUUCGCCGUUGGCGACGGUUUCGCACGGGCCUGGGGCUAAGUAUUUGAUCCGGGCUGGGCGAACACUGCAUGAGGUUCAGAACGACCUGGACAAGGAGGGCGCGAGCGAUUUGGUGAUUGAGCUGGUGAUCAAGUCGAUUAGUUCGUCGUCGAUCUUCGUGGAGGCGAUCGAGCUGGGAAUUGCGCUGUUGGAGGGCGGCAAUCCGAUCAUCCAGAAGGGGAUGUACAACAAGUUCUUGAGCAACGAUUUGAGUCAGUCGUUCUUCAAGGUGUUUUUCGACAAGAUGAAGGAUUCGCAGCAGGAGAUCAAGUCGACGGUGACGGUGAACACGUCGGAUAUGGCCGCCAGCAAGGCGAACGAAAGCAAGACGGACGGGAAGGACUUUGACAAGUUCCAGCGCAAGAAUGUGAACAAGGUGAACGGAAUUGUGAUUACGGAUGAGUUCAAGGAGGAGUUGCAGAACGCGGCGUUGAUGACGCAGCAGUCGUACAUGAACGCGAGGAAUUUGGCGGCGGCCACGACGGACGGGACGGGUUCCGAGAACGGGGACGAUAAUGCGCUCAUGAGUAUUGGGUCGUCCGCGUUGGAGGACAUUUUGGCGGAGAAGCUAGAGAAGCACAAGGAUAAGGACGAGAAUAACAAGCUUUCGAACAAGGUGUUGGUCAUGCAGCCGAUUCUGCGGUUCUUGCAGCUACUCUGCGAGAACCACAAUCCAGAGUUGCAGAACCUGCUGCGAAAUCAAAACAACAAGACCAACUACAACCUGGUGUCGGAGACGCUCAUGUUCCUGGACUGCAUUUGCGGUUCAACAACCGGAGGUUUGGGCCUGCUAGGUCUCUACAUCAACGAGAACAACGUCUCCCUAAUCAACCAAACGCUGGAGACCCUAACGGAGUACUGCCAGGGACCGUGCCAUGACAACCAGAACUGCAUCGCGACGCACGAGUCCAACGGGCUGGACAUCAUCACCGCGUUGAUCUUGAACGACAUCAACCCGCUGGGAAAGAACCGCAUGGACCUCGUACUCGAGUUGAAGAACAACGCCUCAAAGCUCCUUCUAGCCAUCAUGGAGUCCCGCGGGGACAGCGAAAACGCCGAGCGCAUCCUCGCCAACAUGAACCCAAAACAGCUCGUUGACGUGGCCUGCCGAGCGUACCACCAGGACGAAAACAUCCUUCUUCUGCUCAACCAGAGCGACGGCAAUUCCGAGGACGGCUACAGCGUAAAGCACGAAAUCGGCGACGACCAGAACGAUGACGACGACGUGGGCGUCUCCCCCAAAGAGGUCGGCCACAACAUCUACAUCCUCUGCCACCAACUCGCCCAGCACAACAAGGAGCUCGCGAGUCUGCUCAAAAUCGACACCUACAGCAGCACCACAACCCCCGCAACUCCCCCUCCAACCGCGACGAACACAACCACCACCGGUCCCCUCCCCCCACCGGCCGCCUCCAAAGCCAACAUGAAAACCAACCAAGCGCUCAUGUUCUACCAAACCCACACGGCCCAAAUCGAAAUCGUCCGCCACGAUCGCACCCUCGAGCAGAUCGUCUUCCCCAUCCCGGAAAUCUGCGAGUACCUCACCAAGGACACCAAGGUCCGCGUGCUCAACACCGCCGAACGGGACGACCAGGGCAGCAAGGUCGCGGACUUUUUCGACCGUCACGAGGCCAUGUUCAACGAGAUGAAGUGGCAGAAGAAGCUGCGCGGUCAACCCGCGCUCUUCUGGGUCAGCAGCUACAUGUCCCUCUGGAGUAACAUCCUGUUCAACCUGGCCGUGCUGAUGAACCUGAUUGUGGCGUUCUUUUAUCCGUUUGAAAAUGGCGUGCCCGAGCUGAGCUUCCACCUGUCGUCGUUGAUCUGGAUCGUGAUGUUGUUUUCGCUGGCGAUCGUGAUCACACUUCCGCGGCAAUCCGGCAUACGGACGUUCGUGGUGGCGCUCAUACUGCGGCUGAUAUUCUCGUGUGGGCCGGAACCGACGGUUUGGUUGCUGGGCUGCGUCACGGUCAUCAUGAAGGGAGUGCACAUCAUCAGUCUGAUGGGGAAUUACGGCACGUUGGAGAAGAACCUGUUCAAGAUCAUCACGGACUUUGAGCUGCUGUACCAUUUUGGGUAUUUGUCGUUCUGCGUGUUUGGGGUGUUGCUGCAUCCGUUCUUCUUCUCGGUGCUGGUGAGUAGGUUACACGAGUUUUGACACGAUGCUGAGGUU